AGAUAAAGAGCAUGAUGGCGUUGGAAUCAAAUCAUCGUCGUGUCUCUCCUCUCCAGAGUUCAGUGAAAAAUCCCAUGCGUACAGUGUAAUAUGCACUUAUGCAUCGUUCACUAUUUUUCAUACUCUAAAACAAAACUCUGCAGAAAUGGAAACAAAAUAAAAAGUGACUCCAACAAGUGACCCAAGUGUUUGAUAUUUUGUGUACAUCAGUCAACUAUUUUGCCAGGAAAAUAAAAAAAAAAUAAUAAAUAAUAAUAACAAUAAAAAUAAAAAGCGAGUCACGAUGAUACGAAAAGGAGUAAAAACAAACCGUGAAAACUUUGACUGAAUGAAGUUCUAAUAACUGAAGAACAAUGGCAAGUAAGACUGAAGACUCUGUUUCUGUGGACAAUGCUCCUGAUGGUAGCGUAGAUAAAGAAAUAUUAAACAUAAGUGGAUCAAAUAAUUCAAAUCACCGUGUGCCUCCUUAUAUAUACAAUGAAGGAUCCAAUCAAGUGCGCGAAAAUUUGGAGCACGACAAUCACAAUCAUUUUCGUCCAACUUCUGAAGAUCAAUUAGGACCGUUGCCACAUAAUUGGGAGAAAGCUUACACCGAAACUGGAGAAGUUUAUUUUAUUGACCAUAACACAGGAACGUCUCAUUGGUUGGAUCCACGUCUGUCGAAAUUCCAGAAACGUUCGUUGGAAGAGUGCCUUGAUGACGAGUUGCCUUACGGCUGGGAAAAAAUAGACGACCAGCUAUACGGGACAUAUUUUAUUGAUCAUGUUAAUCGACGAACUCAAUACGAAAAUCCAGUUUUGCAGGCUAAACGUGCGCAGCAGAGUUUAACAGAACGCAAGAGUCCCAAUUUUACGCGUAAUCCAAAGAAAUUAAAAGGACAAAGAAUACAAACCACACUUAUAAAGAGCUCACGUGGCCUGGGUUUCACUAUUGUCGGCGGUGAUGACGCAGUUGAAGAAUUUUUACAGAUAAAAAGUGUCGUGCCAAAUGGACCGGCAUGGCUGGAUGGAAAAUUACAAACAGGUGACGUGCUGGUGUACGUAAAUAACACUUGUGUUCUCGGAUUCACCCAUAAUGAAAUGGUAAAUGUCUUCAAAUCAAUAGCCAGCGGUGAUACAGUGACCUUAGAAGUGUGUCGCGGAUAUCCGCUGCCAUUUGAUCCAAACGAUCCCAAUACUGAAGUCGUUACGACGAUAGCUGUCAAUGCGCCAGACAUGAUGCCCGACGAUCCGAGUCUCUAUUUGGAUCUAGAUCCAAAUAUGCAGAAUGACAACCGAUUUGGUUUCUUAGACUCUUCAUUCUUGCCCGUCCACGGUCUUCAGAAUGGCGAGAAUCUCGCAACAGCAUCCGUAAACUCAAUGCCGGAUUUAUGUAUUUCCGAUAAAAUAAAUACGAUAAAGCGACCAAAUAGCACAGACAUUUUAUUAUCCGACUCGACGGAUUACAAUGACCGUAAGGAAUCACCACCGCCUUCGAAGUCGGAAUUUCUAAGUAUCCCUGUCGUAAAAGGUGCCAUGGGUUUCGGAUUCACAAUCGCGGACUCAUCUCACGGACAGAAAGUCAAAAAAAUAUUAGAUAGAAAUCGGUGUAAAAAUCUUCAAGAGAGUGAUAUACUUGUUAAUAUCAAUGACGUUAAUGUAAGAAAUAUGUGUCACACAGAAGUUGUCCAAGUACUGAAAGAAUGUCCGCGAAACCAAGAAGCUCUUAUUCAAGUUCAGCGUUCGGGAAAAUCAAAUGACAAGAAAGACAAAAUAAAUCAGGGUUUUUUCCGCAGUAAAACACCAACCGCAGAUAUUUAUAGCACGCAAGCUAAAACAGUGGUGCCAAGUCGCCCGAAAACUCCGUUGAUAGACACGAGAAAUCGCACAAAAUCUCCAGUGGUGGAUGUCAACAGACCCGAGUGGCGAACUGGACCCGCAAAUGACAUUAAUUCUCUUGACAACCGGUGCAAGUACACUGACUACAAUCACGAUUUAUAUUACACGGAUCCAUACAAAGGAAAUAUGGUCAGUAAUUUAGCGGAUAAUUUUGGACGAAUGGUCAACAUGGACGACGAUCCCAUGAGACAUAUGAAGCGCGACUGGCGUGUUAAUGAUAAAAUGACUUUACCAAAUGAAAUCUAUCAAAUGGAUCCGUCGCUUCAUAGUCCAAUAAUGAAGCAGAAUGGCAACAUGCAUCCUGAUUACUACAAAGAUAUUUAUGGUGCGCGUAUGCACCCACAGUAUGUUGUGCAGGAUUACAAUAAUUAUAGUAUCGGACAAGAGCAGAAUGUUGAUACGGGUGAGAUUUGGGACAAACGAAAGGAGACAACAAGUUUUGAACACGAGCAGCCACGUUCUAGUUCUGUUGCUAGAUACCAUCCUCAGUAUAGCAAUGAAAUGGUCUGUCCUACGAUACCGGAAUUCGAGUGGAUCGAGACAUUGGUGACGUUGGUGAGACAAGACUCGGGCUUUGGGUUUAGAAUAGUCGGUGGGACUGAAGAAAAUUCGCAAGUGUCUGUCGGACAUAUUGUACCUGGUGGGGUCGCUGAUAUUGACAACCGACUCAAUACCGGUGAUUUAAUAAUGUCAGUUGACGGUGAAAGUGUCAUGAAUUCAAGUCACCAUCAUGUUGUGCAGCUGAUGAUUGCUGCUGCGCAAAAUGGUAGAGUUACUUUGGGAAUCAGACGGCGUAUAAACGCUCAGGAUUUACAACCUUCGUAUGGACGACCGAUGAAUCUUCAGUAUCCGUAUGACGUGACUGUCACGCGAAUGGAGAACGAGGGAUUUGGUUUCGUUAUUAUUUCGUCGGUAAACAAAGCUGGCUCGACGAUCGGUAGAAUUAUUGAAGGAUCACCCGCGGAACGAUGCGGUAGACUUGAAGUUGGAGAUCAUAUUCUUGCCGUCAAUCAUGUUGAUAUUACUAAUCUUUGUCAUAAAGAUAUCGUUAAUUUAAUCAAAGACUCUGGUUACUCUGUUACCUUGACCAUUGGAUAUCCUAUUGAUGAUUGCUGUAGCACUACAUCGAUGUCGCAGAAGGAUGAAUCAACUGGGGAUGGAGACGGAGGGCAGUAUCACGCAGUUGAAUUGACUCGAGGUACACGUGGUUUCGGAUUUAGCAUACGAGGUGGUCGUGAAUUUCAAAAUAUGCCGUUAUUUGUACUACAGAUUGCUGAUAAUGGACCUGCGUCUAGUGAUAAUCGAUUAAGAGUUGGAGAUCAAAUAAUUGAAAUUAAUGGGAUAAAUACGAAGAAUAUGACGCAUGCUGAAGCUAUUGAAAUAAUUCGCAACGGCGGUCCGUCAGUAAGACUUUUAGUACGUCGUGGAUGUCAAAUGCCGAGUGCGACUAGUGUUACAUUUGAUGAAAUAAACAAUCAAGUUAUUGAUGAUGACGGCACCUUAAGAAAUACCGAGAUAAUUAAACAUACAAAGUGUAAGAAAAAACGAAAGUUCUUCAUUCCACUCUGCUGCUGUUCCUCGAGAAAACGGCAAUGAUCUGAGUAUUAAUUGUUUUUAUUUUUAUGACGACUUUUUUUUUAUCGACCAUUUUUAUAUACAUUUAUAUUUGUAAUAAUUAGGAUUUAUAAAUUAACUGAUUGAUUGAUUUAUCAAAAGACCAUUGUGCCUCUAUCUGUAUUAAUAUAAAAAAAAAAAAUUUGCACUGAUCUGAAUUGAUUUCACGAUAAUACUUAAGCUCUAAGUUAAUGGGAAACAAUAAAAGAUUGAAUAUUUAGAAAAUAAUAAAUAACAAGGGUCAGAAUAAUUAAAAGAAUAUAUAGCUUUCAUGUACAUUAUGCAUUUAUAAAUAUAAUCAUAAAUUUAUAUGUAACAAAUUGUAUAGUCGAUCAAGAAAUUUACUGACGACUCUUGAUUACUUCUAAUGAUAACUAUUAUUAAUUAAUUAACUAUUAUAAUUAAUUAAUUAAUUAUAGCUAAUAAUAACUCGUCAGCUUAAUAGUUUUUUUUCCUUUUAAUGAGAAAAUAUAAUAUCCAUUAUAAGUUUUUUUAAAUAAGUUUUUUAUCCAACCAAAGAGCGAUUGUCCUUAGCACGAUAAACUCAACGAAUAAAAAUUAAUUACUCUCGAGUAUUCAUGAAAGUAUAAAGAAAAAGUAAAAAAAUAAGUUGAAAUUUUGACUAAAUUUAAAAUAAUGGAUAGUCAUUUUAUAAAAAACUAAGUACACCCUUAUACAGUGUAAAUGUAUUUGAAAAUAUAUUUUUUUACCCUUAGAUUAUUAGAAUACUCAUUUUCAUAAUCGAAAUAAAAAUUAAAUUAAUGAAAAUUGAUUACACGUAAAAAAUUAUUCAAUUUCAAAUUUUUUUUUACAUUUUAUAUAUGAUACUAAAGUUAGCCGACGACUAAUAGUUCUUGGAUUUUUUUU